AAAUUGAUUUCUACCUAUGUAUAUUUCAUUCAACGAUUGUGAUAAUUCGAAGAUGUGGAUAGUAUUUUUAUGCUAAACAUGGCGAUGACUGACGACUUGUCAAAAGAAUUUGACGUGAUUGUUCUCGGCACAGGUAUGCCAGAAAGUAUUGUUGCUGCUGCAUGUUCAAGGAUAGGACAGACAGUGCUUCAUCUGGACAAGAAUGAUCACUAUAGUGGGGAUUGGGCAUCUUUUAAUCUACAGGGCAUAGAAAAAUGGGCACAGCAACAUAUGGAUACAAAAGAAGCCAAAGAAAAUGAUAUUGCACGGCCAUCUUUAGAUGAGAGUAGUCUUCUAGACGAGGGGGAAACAUUGAUUGAAUUACCUCUAAACAACACAAACUUUUCUAAUACACAAGUCCAGAACUACCUUCCGGAUACAGAUGAAGAUGAUAAUGUACAAGAAAGUGAAGUUGCUGGGUCUAAACUUACUGAUGAGUCACCCAAACACUGUGAUAUAAAUGAUACAAAAAAUACUGAAAGUGGAGAUGGUACUAAUAAUAAAACAUGUGCUGAGAUAGAUAAAUGUGACACAAGAUUGAUUGAUCAACAGGAGAGUUCUGUGGAGAAACAAGCUGAUUGUGCUAUAGAUAGUGAAGUUCAGAGUAUGAAAGAGCAAGUAGAGAAUCUUCAGUUAACCGAUGAUGAAAGUAAAAGAUUAGAAAAGCUUGAAACAGAUGUACAAGAUAACUUAAGUGAAAGUAAACAAGAUAGUGGAGAAAGCAAAAAUAUGGAUUAUAAAGCAACUGAAGAAAAGCUAAAUGAAAGGCAGGAUAGUAAAUCUAAAUUGAGAUGGACAGCAAAGAGAUUGAAAGAAGAAUGGCGAAAGUUUAAUUUAGACCUGUCACCAAAGGUACUAUACUCUGUGGGAGACAUGGUUGAAUUAUUGAUAUCUUCAGAUAUUGCCAAAUAUUGUGAAUUUAAAACCAUCACUCAAGUUAUUACUUUGAUGAAUGGAAAUCUUGAGAGGGUACCAUGUUCUAGAGCAGAUGUGUUCAGCAGUAAGAAAGUGAGCAUGUUGGAAAAGAGAAUGUUGAUGAAAUUCCUUCAGUAUUGUCUACAGUAUGAGAACAAACCUGAAGAAUUAGGAGAUUUUCUAGAGAAACCAUUCUCAGAUUUUUUAUCCCACAAGAAGCUCACUCCAACUAUCAAACAUUAUAUUCAACACUCCAUUGCCAUGGCAACUGAAUCUAUGACCACAAAAGAGGGAUUAGAAAAGACAAAGAAGUUUUUACAGUCACUUGGUCGCUAUGGUAACACAGCAUUUCUAUGGUCACUGUAUGGAAGUGGGGAACUUCCACAGAGCUUCUGCAGAAUGUGUGCAGUGUUUGGUGGUGUGUAUUGCCUCAGAAUGACAGCAUCUUCCAUUGUCAUUGAUUCAGAAAAUAAGUGUUGUGGAGUGAUAACCACAGAAGGACAUAAAAUUAAAUGCAAGUGGCUCAUUAUGGAAGGUAGCUAUGCACCAGAAAAUUACUUAGAUCAGAAACAUAACAGAAGGAAGAUAUCUAGAGGAAUUAUUAUGACAGAGACUCCACUGCUGACCACAAGUCAACAAGAGCAAUUAUCACUGAUGAACCUGCCAUGUCCAGAUGAUGGUGAUAGACCAAUUACUAUACUAGAACUUCCGCCAUCUAGUUUGGCUGCUCCACCUGGUGUCUUUGUGUACCAUUUAUCAAGGAAAAGUAAAGAUGAUGUAUUACCUAAAGAUGAUCUUAAUUUUGCUAUCAAUACAUUAUUUUCACAUGAGGAAAACAAGCACGAGAACAAACCAGCUAUGAUAUGGUCACUUUACUUCACACAAACUGAUAUGUCAGAAGUUCAGGGCAGUAGCAUCAUUCCAGACAAUGUUAUCCUCAUGUCAGGGCCUGGUAUUGAAAUAGACAUUGAUACACCGGUACUUCAGGCUAGAAAGGUAUUUAAAAAGAUUUUACCUGAUGAAGAAUUUUUACCAAAAGCUCCUAAUCCUGAAGACAUUAUUUAUGUUGAUGAUUCUGAAGCACAGAUAGCAGAUGGCAACACUCUGUCAGAAUUCUCUGAGAAAGAAGAUUCAGGAAGCUCUCAGGAAAUAGACCAAUCAGAAUUGUCUAAUACAAGUGAAAGCCAAUCAAAACCUGAGGGAGUUGACCAAUCAGAAUUGUCCAAUACAGAGGAAAGUCAGUCAAAAUCUGAGGGAAUUCACCAAUUAGAAGCGUCCAAUAUAGGUAAAAGCCAAUCAAACACUGAGGGAGUUGACCAAUCAGAAAUGUCCAAAACAGAUGAAAGCCAGUCAAUAACUGGUGGAGUUGACCAAUCAGAAAUGUCCAAAACAGGUGAAAGUCAGUCAAAACCUGAGGGAGUUGACCAAUCAAUAAUGUCCAAAACAGGUGAAAGCCAGUCAAUAACUGGUGGAGUUGAGCAUACUUUAGAUCCCAAAACAGAGACUGACCAAGUAAAAGAAGAUCAUGUUCAAAGUGAAAAGAAAAAAUUGAAAAUUUGAAAAAAGAAGUUAUUUCAAUGUGAUAUCCAUUCUAAUUUUAUUAAACAGAAUUGUUUUGUUUGUGAUAUAAUGUUUAUUUUAUGUAAAUUAAAAGUUCUUUUAUUAAAUGGGGUAUGUUGGCAAGUGGACAGGCAGGCAUGAACAAUUUAAUAAACAAUUUCAUCACAUUUCUCAAGGGAUUUUGAAUAAAACUUUUCAGAAGCUUUGUCAUAAAGUGUCCUUGGGCAUGUUGUCAGUGUUUUGCGAUUUAAACAUAUUUGGUGAAAUUAUGGCCCUUUGUUUUUCAAAAUACAACACAAGUCAUCUUCUCUGCCUUUCUGUCUUUGGAUAAGGACCUCAAACACAAUAGUACACAGAACGAAUAGUUUUUUGUUUUAACCUACGCUAAGAAACUAAACAUGUAAACAAAUACAUGUAGUAAUUUUAAGAUGGGAGUUGUUGUUUAAGUUUAUUCCAAAAUAUUGAGUAAAAGUCUGCCUGAAUUUAGUAAAUUUAUAAAUAUAAAAGUAGACAGUACAUUAUUUAUAUACUUAGUAAUUACUAUGGUUGUAGAAACUGAAAGUACAAAUUGUAUACCUGUUGACAUUAAUUCAGAUUUGUUUAUAAUUACAUGUAAACAUCAGUGGGCAUUUUUUUGUUGCCUGCUACAGAGUAGCGUUCAAACAUUCAGUGAAUGAAUAUUUUUAUGAACCAUUAUUUUGUUUUUUUAUUCCUAAUGACAAUUAAAGUGCAAAGAAAAAUAUUGUAUUAGUAUAGACUAAAUCAAGGAUGAAAAAUAUACACAAAAAUUGUGAUUAAUAUAUAAACAUUUUCUGUAAAAGUUCAUUUAUUUAUUGAUUUAUUAUUUUGUUAAUUUGUGCAAUACUUCAGAAUAAAUCUGGAAUAAACAUUCAUAUAUCAAAAAAUACAAGUACA